UCGCACAACUAAUGCUUAACACUAAAAAGAGAUAAAGCGAAUAUAAUAUUCUUAUUAGGAAAUUAGGAAUAUUGUGCUUCGAAUUAAGGUAAAAUGACGAUAAAAGCAUUUGUUUUUUGUUUAGUUUGUUUAGUUUCUCCUUUGGAAGGUUGCAAAGAUAACGUGACGGGUGAGCUGAUAGCAUUGGAUACCGAGAAGGAGGUGAACUGCAUCCUAAAGAGAUGCAGGAAAGUGCAGGGGGUCAAUGUCCUUGAAAUCGUGUCGGGAGGCUGCAAAGCGGGCGGACAGUGCGUUCCAGAGGGCAAUACUACGACCGUGUUCACAGGCGAAGCAUGUGCAAAACAAUUUUGCAAGAGGCAGUCGAAUGAUUCUGUGGCAACAUUUGUCUUGGAGGACCUUAGCAAAGGCUGUCGAGAUGGCGAUGCUUGUGAAGAUAUUGGGAGUGAAAUCAUUAGAGGGUGCUACACACGACAGUGUAUCGUCGAUACAACAUCAAAGGAGCCAGCUUUCAAAGUCACAGACGCCGCCUGCCCCUGGCUUGAAACAUGCGUGCCUGCUAAUUCAACGUGGUCGUAUAACUGCAUGUCGUAUCGGUGUGAUAUACUAGAAGCGGGGGGCAACUAUCAACGGGCCGUGGUACCAAUCGAAUACGGUUGUGGCGAUGGUCGAGGUAACUGCGUCAAGGUCGGAGACCGCCUUAAAGGCACCUGCUAUGAGGCGGUGUGCAGUAUGAAUGACAACAAGACCCAGGUGUCACUGGAUGUCAUCAAGGGAGAUUGCGAGUGGAACGGGGGUUGUUACCAGCCUAACCAGACAUGGGCAGACGGAUGCAUAACGUAUCAAUGUGACGUCACUCGUACCACACAUGACGUCAACUGGAACGUGAAAACAAUCAGCGUCGGCUGCAAAGACUUCAAAAGCAACUGCGUCCCAGAGAAUGAGGUGAUAAGCGAGAGGUGUGUGGACUAUAUGUGCAAGAAAUCAGGAGACCGCGUUGGACUCCAAGCCGUGUCAGUCGGUUGUACCUGGGGUGAGGGAUGCAAGGCAUCGAAUUCGACAUGGACCGAAGAUGAACGCUGUGUUCAGUACCAAUGUCUAAAGAAGGAAACCCCCAAGGGUUCUGUCAUGGAGAUUAGCGUCGCUGGCUAUGGUUGCGUAUAUAACAACACGUGUAAAGAGGUGAACGCCACGUGGGCAGAUGGGUGCAGAACAAGGAAAUGCGUCGUGAAAAUAGCAAACAACAUGAUACAAAGAAGCAUUGAUCCGAUUACUGCUGGGUGCGACGACCAGGGAAUAUGUCGACCGAUCGGCUAUAAGAAGGUUACAGAAUCCUGUGCCGAAUAUGAAUGCCAGUUCAACGAGACUUACAAGGACGCUUUCUUUACUUUGUCAAGUGGUGCCUGCAAAACGAAAACCGGAGAGUGUAAAAAGGUGGACCAGUCUUGGACAGAGAAGCGAAACGACUCGUGUUUGACCUUCCAAUGCCAGGCCGUCGCUCUGGGAUAUGUGUCGAGAAUGACCCAACAAAGUUGCAUUGAUGCCGAUGGCGUAUGUAGACCUAUCGGAUCUACCGGGUUUCCGGCGAUGGUCAACAACAAGAGGCAGCCCGACUGCCGCUGUGAACUUUCAGAAGCUGUUGCGAGCAGUCUCACAAUCAGAUGCAGCGUCCCAUAAAUUAAUGGGGUGUUUCAAAAAAUGAAAAUUAAUAAUGCGACAUUAGUUUUGAGGAAAUCUGGACUUUGUUAUAUAAUACAAUUGUACGAGCCUCGUUUAAGUAGACAGAGAUAAAAGCAUGUGCGUAAAGUGUCGUCCCUGGUUAGCCUGUGCAGUCCGCGUAUACUUAUUAGGGACGAGUAUUUCCAUUGUAUUUUAUGGUUCGUUUAAAGGAAGCAUGUUCUCAUCGAGAAUCAAGUGUUGGCGGAAAGUAUCGACCCUGAAUAGCAUGUGCGGACUGCAGAGGAAAAUCUCGGAUGACACUUUACGCACAUGCAUUAGGCCCAGUUUUCCUAGGGCGAGACUAAAUUAAUGUUGGUGUGUUAAACAUAAUGACAAAUGUGACAUUACUUUCGAGGAACACGGCACUUUGUAUUGCUUUAAAAUAAAUACAUUGCACAGCUUUAAUUGAUGUCAUUUAUCUCCGUUUUGUGAAGAAAAGCAUUUAAUUUGAAACAUUGGAUUAAUGUUUGCCUUAUGAAACAGCAUUGGACCAAUUUGGUUAAUGUGUUUUUAUGUUUUAAAUUGGAUUCGAUUAAUACGAUAUUGUCUUGUUAAAACAUUUAUAUUUUUAUUAUCUGAAUUAAAUAAACAUACGA